UUUGGUCGUUGACAUUGAAAGAGUCGACCAAGCUGGUGGAACGAUCGUAAUAGUAAGAAGUAGUGGGGAUCAUACACGGUGCUGUGGUGGUGGCCUGUGACCGACUUUUAAAGAAACCUUGGGGGGAGUUGGGUGGCAUCUUCAGUUGGACAUUGGCCUCCGUAAGACUAAGGAGUCAGGGAAAAGGAGUCGAAAGGGUGCGACGAAGAUAGAAGCUCUUUUUUAACGAGAGAAAGAGAGAGAGAGAGAGAGAGAGAGAGAAAGAGAGAAAGAGAGAGAAAGAGAGAGAAAGAGAGAGAGGAUUCCAUCUUUGUUAAUAGUACUCGAGUCAACUUCUAUUUUUCACUAAUACAAUUGACUUUGCGUUACAGAUUAAUCGUAAGGAUGCGUCUGUCAACUGUGGUGGAAUUGUUGUUGAUACUUUUAUUGGUAGCGUUCGCUGCAUAUGGAAGAGUAAUCGAUUCAGGCCUCGUAGCAGUGAAUCGAAGUAUACGAGCCAGCAAUGUCCCCAAACAAUCCAUCGAGUUACCGAUAAUAACCGAAACCGCCGAGAACGUUAACAAAUAUUGCACGUGCAGCGACGUAAUUUGCAAUUGUUGUCGUAACUUUCACAUUCCAUUGGUAGAAUUAAAAGGACCAGGAUGUGCCUCUUUGCAAUAUCUUAAAGAUGACAAUUUGGCGGUACAAUUGAGCUUUGGCGACAACAUUCUUACAUCUACGAUCGUUAACGGUAAAAAUCCAAAACCCGUUUGUGUGCCAUUACCGGGUGGAUUUAGCAAGUUUUGCGGAAGGAUAUAUUCGAUCAAAAGAGACACAAACGAUCAUUUCAAAGCUUGUCUUGGAUUGGAACUCCAAUCGUCAACCGAAUUGGAGGCCAGCUUACGUGUCAGCUGUUUUAGAUUCGGUCCCGAUGGUCUGAAAUUACGUCCGGCAGAACCAUUCCCGAUCGUUGAAUCCGAACAAACUUCCGAAGAGGAAGACGACGAUGAUCUUUUCGGUUUAGGUUCGGACGACGACGAUGAUGACGAUGACGAUGACGAUGACGCGGUUAGACCAAGCUUAAAUGCUGUAUCGGACAACAUUGGAACGAACGUUGGGUUGGCCGACGAAGAGGAAGACGAGGAAGAUGACGACGACGAUGUCCUUGGAUUUGGUGCAUUAUUGGACAUCAUAACCGGUGAUGAUGAGACAUCUACGAAAAAGCCAAAAGUAACAACCGCGCCGCCCCUCUUGCAAUUCACAAUACCCAUUUUAACAAGGCCUACGACAACAGUUUCAUCGGUACAAGAACCCUCUGACGUAUCGAUCUUCCAAACUUUAGACUCUCAAAACGAUAAUCAUCAGAAUGAUUAUGGUCAGGAGUUAAACGUUAUCGAGGAACAAAUUAAUAAUGAAAAUAACGAUGUACUUACGGAAUCCGAUUUAUUGACAGAUCUUACGACCGAUGAAACGAUCAUUGAAACCAAUCAGAAUGGAGAAACGACUAGUCCGACGAAUAAACUUGUGAAACUUCAAAAGCCAGUGGUUAAUCAUAAAAUCAAAAAAAUUGGUACGGGCAAUAAUAAAAAACCUAGCAUCACUUCGUCAAGUAUAAAUGCGAUUAACGAUGACAUUAAAAAGAAGAAUAAGAAGAAACCUCUGAAGAAACCGAUCGACGAUGACGACGUGAACGAUGAAAUUUUGGAUGACGAUGAUGACGACGAUGACGAUGAUCUUGAUGAUUUAAGUGACGACGACGACGACGACGACGACAACGACGACGAUGACGACGUCGAUGACAACGAAGACGAUGAUUUAAACGAAAACGUUGAUCUUGACGAGGAGGACGAUGAGAAGACCGAUGAUCUCGAUGAUUUAGAUGACGACGAUGACGAGGAUGCUGUAUUAAGUGCCCUCGUUGAAAAUGACAAGCCAAAAAAAAAGAAAAAUAAAGUCAUAACGAAUAAUAAAGGACAAUCGAGUCGUCCCGACGAAGAGGACGAUUAUUCCAUUGGAAUAACUGAUUUUCUCUCAAGGAAAAAACAAGAUGCCCGUCAGAGUAGAAUCAUGAGGUUAUAGAUAUUUAUUUUCGAUUGAUUUUUAAAAUCCAAUCGAAUUUAAUUAUCGAAUUUGACAAUACGAGAAUUUUGGGAUGAAUUUUGCGAGUCGAGUUUAAACGUUCAUUCUUCAUUUCAUUUAACAUAUCUGACGAAAUUUUAUAAGUUAUUGAAGAUUUAUUCGUAAUUGAACUUGCAAAAUUUUCACUUUCAUAUUUCUCGUAGAGAUUCUCGUUGUUGUAGGAUACUCGAUGAAUGAUUGAUUUAUUCAAUCAUAUAACGUAAAUACGGAAAAAGAUUAUCGAAUUUUUCAAUUAUUUUUCUUUUCUUUAAUUCAUCUUCUAAUUUACAUUAAUAAGAAAUUAUCCGAGAUGAUACAUAUUAAUCGACGUAAUUGAAAUAAAUCGAAAAAUCGUCAAACGACCUUUGCCAUAAUGCGAUUCUUCGCAUAAUUUCAUAUUAUUUAAAACAAAUCGUAUU